AGACCAGAAGUUUGACACAGAUAAAACACUGACCGUACAAAUAGUCAUUUUCUACGAUUUCUUUACAGUAUCUCUGUUGGGGUUAUUUUCAUGUUGUCAAACCUUUAUAAUAACAUUUAUGAGCCUGUCAGUGGCUAACUGUUAGUGGCCUAACAGUAUUUUACUUUGACAUACCUGCUUGCCCCGUAGGAUUCAAUUGUAUACCCACUUUGCAGUAUUGAGUUGUUCUAUUUUUGAUCGAUUUUUAUUGUUUUUGUUUCUAGUAAAAAUGUGGCCACAAAAAGAUCUAAAAAAUAAGGCCCAGGUUGAAAAAUCCGAUGUUUCCCAUUACAUUCUAAUAACUAGUAGCUACGUUUUCACCCCGAAUGAGGGAAAAAACACCAUCUCCACAUCUGUGAAGUAAUGGGAUCUGUUGAUGCCAAUUUCCAAAACUCCACCUGUAGAAACUAGUUUAAUACCGAUCCUUAAUAAACUGCAAGUGUUACAAUUAGGGCUGGGUAAUGUGCCUAGAAUGUUUUAUUUAGCCUUAACGUAGGUGUUCUAGCCUACUGCUUUUUUCUGCUUAUAUUAGUUUCACUGGUGCUGUAAAUUACUCUUUAAUUAGGUAAUAAAUACGGCCAUGCGGCCAGAAACACAACUAACAAGUAGAGACAAGAUGCUGCACGGACACCAAAAAACUGUUGCACAUGUUUGCGAAGCCUGUAUCGUUGCAGACUCACAGUUGGAGAGUUUUUAUAACAUACUUUCAUUCCCCGUUAAUUGGUUUUUGGAUAGCAGUUAAUAUAGCGAACCCUCCACAGAAACGCGCAAACAGAGUGGUAGUAGGUAGGGGGAGGGUAUAUGGGGUUGUUUUAGAAAGUCCCUCCCUCUUCAUCUACAACGCCGCGUCCUUAGAAAAAAAAAAUAGAAAGACCAUUGCGUCAUUUCCGAUGGAAUAUUCCAGCGAACCCAACGUUUGCUUUAAAAAGGAUGUACGCACUUUCUUUGACAGAAUUUUAUUACCGUCCCCAAUAUACACACCUGUUUUCAAAAAUACCAACUGUUAAAAAAAAAACUCCCAUAAAGUCAGUGGCAAAACAUCUCCAAAUUUACUCUCACAUCAAGAAGUGUAAAUUAUCUGCUUGCAUUUCUGCUGCAUCUGCGCAGGCCCGUGCAGUUGCUGUGCUGUGACCAUCUCCCAAGGAAAAAAACAUGAUCCUGCUGAGCUCCUCCUCUGGUACGUGCCUUUGAUGAGUCUUAAUCUGCUUGUUAUUGUGUGUGUGUGUAGAUUGUGUAUUUUUCGAAUUAGUCUAAUACGUGUCUGUUUGCAUACUGAGCUUCUCUGAUGUGUAUGGGCACUACACAUUUGAAAAUAGUAAUGGAUGAGUAUUAAUGUGUCAUGUGUCCGUAUCAGUCCGUGGCUGACUGGAAUGACAUAAUUAUAACUUUACCAGGAUGCUUAGGUGUUAAGGCUGUGCAGUGGAGUCUGUAUGUAUGUAUGUUUGGGAAAAUGAUUUGCGUAUCUUGAAAUAAUGUGAUGUGUCGGUGGCUAUAUGAUAGUCUGCGUGUAUGUGUGUGUUUCUGCAUCUGCACAUAUUCUCUCUGCCAGCUUAGUUAUCCAGGUUCAUUUUAAUUUAAAAGUGCACAGAAUAAUAUUGGCAAUAAUAUGCUAUUUCACAUUACAACAGAGACCAUAAUGUCAGAGACAGCUAACGUAUAUGUGUCUACAUUUUUUUGUACUGGCUGGAUGUGUGUGUAUGAGCAGUUGUGUGUGAGUAUGUGUGUGGGCAAAAUUGUCUGAGGAGACAGGGACUUAUUUUCAGAAGUUGCUAUGUACUGCAAAUCGCAAAAGAGGUCACAUGAUAAACCCUAGAUUCAAGUUCCUCAGGUUGCAUUAGCCUAAAUGCACUUUUUGGGGUUGAAUGAAAAAGACGUAAUUUCAUCUAAUGACUUCCAGUUCAGUUUCCAUAUAGGUCUUCUUUCUGAAUUUAAGUAUCCUUCUGUCAGACUGGGGCUUUUUGAAUGCACUGUGCAUUGCUCUGUAUCUGUUAGUGUGUGUGAUGGUACGCGUCCACUUGCAAGCUGUGUCACUGCAUUCUGCUAUGCUGCAUUCCUAUGAUGACCAUAUCUUCGGGCCUGGUUAGGUUUACUGCUACUAAGUGCCUUUUGUAUUUCAUGUGUUUCGUGUUCAUGAAAAUGAUGUUCUCAGGCAUGUAAUAUGACACAAUAACACACAUGAAAUCCCAAGACAGUUGAUUAGUUGAUCAUUUAAAAAAUGGCAGGAAAGCAGCCUAGAUCUGGGAAUCAGACCUAAUAUUUAACAUGUCCUCCAUGUCACGCCAAAGACUGCCUACUGUAAACUUAUCGACACUGUAGCUGGAAAUGUCUGUCAUAACACUGGCAUAACCAUGCAAGAAACAUAUGAAGGCUACUGCAAUAUACUGAAAGCUUUUUUCAGUGGUGUAUUGUAACUGUUAAUUGGUCUCUCGUCCAUUAAUUAUCAGGAAAUGCAAUGACAGAUCAUGUUUGAUGUUAUUGGACCUUACUAUCAAGAGUUUACAAUCAGAGUUAGUUUGAUUCGUAGCCUAUGCCUAAACCUUUGAACAUUUUCUUCAAACCUUCACAUCCCAGAACGGUGUCAGAUAUACCUGACAAUGUGAUGAUAGUUUAUGCAAAAGAGCGUCAACCAGCUUUACUGGUAGUUGAAGUAAUGCGUGGAAUUCUGGAUAAUUUAGGUUUCCUAGACCUCCAUCAGCCUGUCAGCAAUGUUAGUGUGCUGAAAAUGAAUCGCACGACAAGAUCUGGUAUCUGUCAUGACAUGUUUAUAAAAUAUUUAUGGUGUUCAUUAGAUAGAGUAUCACCGUCCGUCAUGUCAUGGCACCUAUUUAAAAGAAAUAGGAAGCAGUGAGGAAAGCUUACAAGUGGACUCGUACUGAAAGGUUGCUGUGCUGCUGUCCUUAAUGGGUGUUUUUUUGCAGAUGAAGAGUCACUCGACUGGCUUUGGAAUCACAUGAACUUCAGGGUACAAAACACUAUAAUGUUUUUUCCCACCCACAAAGCAGCUCUUCCUGUCGAAGAGCACCAGCGGCCUCCAGCUCAAGGAAUUUGCCCGCAAGAACGCUGCCAAUGUGCUGUCCGUCGCCAACAUGCUCAUGGGAAUGGCCUCCAUCCUGAGCAGUCUCAAUGGUCACCAGUAUGCUGCUUGCUGGCUGGUCCUCAUUGGUUACCUCCUUGAUCUGGCUGACGGGGCAGUUGCCAGGAGACUUAAUGCGUGCUCAGCGCUGGGUGCAAAGCUUGAUGACUUUGCAGAUUUCACCACAUUUGGGAUUGCUACCUCGCUGCUCUUGACGACCGAGAGUCUUCUGGACAACCUGCUGUGUAUGUGCUACGUCCUGUCUGUGUUCACUCGCCUAUGCUUCUUCUCCAGUGGAAUCCCAUUCAUGUACCGUGGCCUGCCCUGCAUCUACUCCUCAGCCAUUCUGGCCUGCGUCUCGCUGCUCUCUGGCGGCAACAUGGUGGUCCUGCGUGUCACUGCCGUGGCCAUGAUCCUCUUCAUGAUCAGCCAGAGCUUCUACCCCCACGACCGCGUUCUGGAGUCCCAGGCCUGGAAGAAGGUCGUCUAUGCAGGAGGCAUUGCCAUGGUGUUCUGCUCCUCCUUCCCGCCAGCAUGCGUCUACUACCUGCUGUGGUCCAUGUCCUACAUCCUCUUCCCUGCCUCCCUCUGGAGCUGCAAGGUGUAGUGGGAGUGUCGGCCAUUUUGUAAACUCAGACUUUAGAAGAGGGGCCUACGAUGGCCAAUCACAUCUUCUACUGCUUGUUGCCAUGGAGAGUCCAAACCCUGCUCAGUCUCAGGCUUCUGGGGGAAGUGUCUGCUGUGUUUGACCCCCUUUUUUUCUCUUCAGUCUCACGGCGCCAAACCACGGUUCCUGAAGUCUUCCUGUUUGGCCAGACCCAUGGAGAGAUCCAUGGGCAUUUUAAAUGUUUCAUUAGAAUAUCUUUUUUUUUUUCUUGAUUUCCUCCAUGUAAAGUAAAGGAUGAAUAUGGUGAAGACUCCCUCUACAGGCUGCCUCAGACAUACUGCCAUGGCUUGGAGACGCUCCUGCACUAGUGCCUCAGAGUGUCACGUCCAUCCUGUCCACACUGUGAGAGAGUGAAUGAGAGCGAGAGAGAGAGAGAGAGAGAGAGAGAGAGAGAGAGAGAGAGAGAGAGUGAGAGGAGUCACUAGAACAUGCUGGUCUUUUUCCUGGCUGUGACUUCAGUGUGUGGACCUGUUGUUGUUCUUUCUGUGUAUUCCAGUACAGAAUGAAAAUUGCAACCAAUUGGAAAUCAUUUUAGAGUUGAGAGAUAGCUAUUUUGCUGUGGUUGCUGCUCUUUCUGUGGUUGCUGCUCUAACUGUGGGUUUACAUUAUUUACAGUAUUUAACAUGAUACAGGAAAAACGUUUUACAUACAAACCUAUGUAAAUAUCCAUACACAAAAUAAUUGGCCAGUGCAUGAUAAAAGCAUGACAACAAAGUGGUAUUUAUUGACAAUGUACCCACAGAUUUGACUUGUCAUGAAGCGAUGAAUGAGAUGUUUUUAAUAGAUUCUUACAGUACA